AUGAUCCGCGUGACGUAUAACUAUGUACUAAUAUUUGUUUUAUUUAUUACGGUUACAAAGGCUGAUACGAUAGAAGAUCGGUUUCGUAUACUUUAUUCAAAGAAUAUUAAGUGUGACCACAACAGAUCGUUAAAUCUGGAUGUGAGUGAAACGCGGGUUUAUUUUUAUGAUUUCGUCAAUAACAUAAAUAUUAGCAGCAGAAUUGACACCGCACCUGAUUUAUUGCGAAAGUCUGUUGAAUUUGAUAACAGUAGACGUGUUAUUGUAUUCGUGCCUGGUUACAAAAGCCACAUAAAAAGUGUUCUCGAAGAAUUAAUCAGACAAACGUACAAAAAUGUGCCAAAUAUUUAUCUUAUAAUAUUAGACCAUUCAGCUUACACUUACGAGAACAAAGAUAAACUUCAAAGUUAUUCGCGGUCUGUCAAAUAUGCAUACUAUAUUGGGACCUCUCUAGGAAAGUUCUUAUCAGAUUUUUGUGAUAGGAAUAUCCCACCAGAUAACGUUCACUGUAUAGGUCACAGUUUGGGCAGUCAUAUUAUUGGAUAUGCUGGUGAAAGAUUCACGAAUAUAACAAAGCAGAAGCUAUGGCGAAUCACAGGAUUGGAUCCGGCUGGCCCAUGUUUUUCUAAAAGUCGUGUCGAGGAUCAUAUACGAUCGGGCGUUGGAAAGUAUGUUGAAGUGUACCACUGUAAUGCUGGAUAUUUGGGUACGACAAGAACAAUUGCGGAUACGGAUUUCUUUUUCAAUUACGAAGGAAAAAUUCAGCCAGAUUGUGAUGCAGGCGAUAAUCUCGAAGAAACAGUGAAAUGCUAUCACAAAGCCUGCGUCAGGUACUGGAUGAAAACAGUUCAUAAUCCGGAAUUGUACGUGGCUCGCUCCUGUCCUUCAUACAAAGCCUUUGCGCAAGGUUUAUGUGAAGAAAAUGAGACAACAAUAGCUGGCUGUUAUAACCCUGGUGAUGCACGAGGCAUUUUUUAUGUCUCCACUAAUAUAACUCCUUGAUUUGUAAGGUUAUUUAGUGAAUAUUGUUUAAUUUACAAAAUAGAUUUUUUAUGGAAUCACUUUCACGUUUGUUUUUAUGUCACACGCGAUUCUCUAAGUAAUAUGAUUAUAUUAAUUAACAUC